AUGUGCAUGGGCAUCCUCUAUGGUGUCUCUGAGGCCACGCUGAAGAAGUAUCACGGUUGGGCCAGAGAGUACAAGCUCUUCAUGGCGCACGAGCUGCCAAAACUGGACGCGAGUAGGUUUGGUGAGGAGGCCUCGUUGAGAAACGCGAACCCCGACGAGAUCGGGGUCGCGCUCGAGCAGAACAUGGGUGGUGACUGGAAGAUGGCGGAGGGCGACGAGCAGUGGUUCCACGGCCGUGAGACGAAUCCGUGGCGCUUACGCAAAUACGUGACCUUCCUCGCGAACGAGACGGUCGCGCAGUCGGACAGAAUGGCCACACUCAAGCGGCCCGACAAGACCUUGAAGAAGAGACGCCAGUGCUCCCGUGCAAUGCUGAUGGGGCGUCUCAAGGCUUUGAACCUCCUCAUCAAGCUGGACGCGGCCAUCUUCAGGAAGCCCGUUCUGAACCUGCUGCGUGACUUUGCGGAGUGUCGCAUCUGGGUCCGCGUUCAAGUACGCGACCAGUACAAACGGUUUAUCGCGACGGGCAAGACAAACAAGGACUUCUCGCUCAACUACAUCUCGGCAGUGAGACACAUAGAUUGGAGUCUGUGCGCGGUCGGAGCCACGCUGCUCUGGCUGCACUGGGUGUACGAGUUGGUCCCCAUCCUCUACGGGGAUAUAGCCCCCCCUCUCGACUUCACGGAACCCUUGACGUGGUACGACCAGUACCUCUUCUUCCCCCUUCGCGCGGGCACAAAGAAGCAGAUACCGCCCACGACUCAUCACGACUGGGCGGCGAAGAUUUUGGGGGACGCGGGAAUCACAUGCUCGCGUGUGGUUCACGCGACGAGAGCUGGUGGGGCUCAGCACUCGUCCGCGGACGGAAUGCCCUCUGAUCAGCUGGCGAGACUAGGGGGUUGGCGCUUUAUCGACGUGAUGACUAAGCACUACCUCACAACUAUUUCGAGGGAGGCCGUGCUCCUGAAGGCUGGCUUCACAGGGGCUGAUGGUGACUACUUCCUGGGUCGCGCAACUGUUCCGGAGGUCAGUACUAGAAUGGACGCGCAGAACCAGGUGACCGUCCUCACUGAGUACCUGACUCGUUCGCAAGCGGACAACACCAGGCUGGGUGUAGAGUUGGUAGCGACUCAUAAACAGAUGAAAGAGCUGGAGGUUCUGUUGGAAGAUAGCGAUCGGGAGCUGGCCGCGAAAGACAAACGCGUGAAUGAUCUGGAGGCCCAGCUGUCGUGUCUCACCGUGAGCAGCUCAGGGCCGACCGCGGAUCCGAGUCCGGCAAACACUCCUGGAGCCGUGGUCGCGCCUACCAAUGCCGCAACCCCCACCGACCAGGGAAUGCGUAAGAAACCCGCACAGCCGACCAGGGACGAGACAAUUCGGGACGCAAUCAUGAAACCAUGGGUCAACGCGACCAAGCCGUCGGACGGAUGGAAGCUGUACAAGUCCACGCACCCGCUGAUCGGCGAGAGUCCUGAGUCGCUCCUGUCCCAACCCCCCGGUGCAGUUACGCGAAUGGCCGAGCUCAUUGGGAAGGAGGGAGGCGGCCAGAACGCCGCCCAGAAUGCGAUAAACCGUGUAAAGCGAGUCAUGGACAUCAUCUCCCGCAGGGUGGAGCAGGGAGACAACAUCGCGGUCGUGCUCGACAAGCUCGACCUCGUGUCUCGAACUGUGGGCAUGUCGGGUGUGUCGGAAGGUAUCGCGGUGAAGAAGAAGAGUGUUAACUUGAACCUGAGCGAGCUGAAAAAAGGUUCUCCGGCGGAGGUGCAGUUGCGGGUGAAAUGGAUGCUGGUACGCGACCGCAUGAUCGAUGCCUCUCUACCCGCGUCAGAGUUUCCGGUCGCGUGGCCUCAGUACUGUGCCCAGAUGCCCCGACUAGCUUAA